AUGCCGGCUUACGCAGGGGCAGAGCAGCUUUUCCAAAGAGCCCUUCUCCUCCCCGCCAGUGGGAGACAACUCCGCGGUUCCCAAGCCAAAGCGGAGGUGCUUGGCUUACUAGUGUGGGCUCUCAUCGCCGACACAACGUACCACCUCCACGCGGCAUAUGGCUGGGUGAUGUUCGUGUCUAUCUUCUUCUGGAUAGUAACAAUCCUUUUCUUCGUGAUUUACCUGCUGCAGCUUCAGCUGAAGUUCUACAUGAUCCCCUGGCCCCUCGUGCUGAUGAUCUUCAACGCUGCAGCCACCAUCCUGUACAUCACCGCCUUCGUAACAUGCGCAGCCGCUGUCCAGCCUACGUCCUGGCGGCAGUGGGAUUACAACCGGAGAGCCGCGGCGUCUUUCUUCGCCUGCCUCACAAUGAUUGCCUACAGGGUGAGCACCUUCUUCAGCUUCCGUGCCUGGAAAGGGCUCGGCAGCAACGCGGCCACCAGCCAAGUGACUGACCACGCAUAAGGGGCAGACAGCAAAGCCCAGCCAUGGGCCACCCUGGGUCAGCUCAUGCCAGGUUCGGUGGCUCGGAGCCUUGUGUGCCACCAGGUCUCAUUCUUGGACCAGCCUGUGCUGGCAGUGAUGGUCAGUACCG